GCCAGCUUUGGUUGGACGGUUUCAUGGAGACUCUAGGCCAGUCCUGGAGGGUCGCAGCCCCGUCUGCCGGGUGCGUUCCCCAGGAGCUAGGCCUGCACCCACCCCCGUGCAGCUCUAGCUCCUGGGCCGAGCAUAAGGAGGUGACACGCUCUGCAGAGGAUGCCGGCUAGUCUGAAGGGAGGCUCUGCUGGGAGUGGCUGCCGUGGGACCAUUAGUUUUGCCUGGAUUGAGGAGGGCCGAGGACCCCAGCGCCGACGGGUGGCUAUGCAGAUCCCCGAGGCAAUUCUCACCAAUAAGGAGCUGCAGGAGGCAGUUGGAGCCCUCCCCAGCAACUAUAACUUUGAGAUCUACAAGACAGUCUGGAGAAUUCAGCAGGCCGAGGCAAAGAAAGUGGCUCUGCAGAUGCCCGAAGGGCUCCUCAUGUUUGCAUGCACCAUCGCUGACAUCAUUGAAAGGUUCACUGGUGCCGAGGUGGUGGUGAUGGGAGACGUGACGUACGGCGCGUGCUGUGUGGAUGACUACACUGCCAGGGCCCUCGGGGCGGACUUCAUGGUGCACUACGGACACAGCUGCCUGGUUCCCAUCGACGCAACGCAGGGGGUGAAGAUGCUCUAUGUGUUUGUGGAUAUCAAGAUCGACACGUCCCACUUCGUGGAGACCAUCCACUUCAACUUCCCCAAGGGCUCCUGCCUGGCUCUUGUCAGCACCAUCCAGUUCGUCUCCGCUCUGCAGGCAGCCUCCCAGGUGCUGCGCUCUGAAUACAAAGUCAGCAUCCCGCAGUGCAAGCCACUCUCACCAGGCGAGAUCCUGGGCUGCACGUCUCCCCGGCUGGGGCCGGACACAGAUGCCGUUGUGUACCUGGGAGAUGGGCGCUUCCACCUGGAAUCUGUCAUGAUUGCCAACCCCGGAGUUCCCGCCUACAGGUACGACCCCUACAGCAAAGUGUUCUCCAGGGAGCACUACUCCCACGAGCGCAUGCAGCACGCCCGGCAGGAGGCCAUCCGCACCGCCGCCCGCGCCCAGAGCUGGGGACUCAUUCUCGGGACCCUGGGGCGCCAGGGCUCCACCUCCAUCUUGCAGCACCUGGAGGGGCGGCUCCAAGCCCUGGGCCUCCCGUUCGUCAGGGUGCUGCUCUCCGAGAUCUUCCCCAGCAAGCUGCAGCUGUUCCCCGACGUGGACGCGUGGGUGCAGGUGGCUUGUCCCCGGCUCUCCAUUGACUGGGGAGGAGCCUUCAGCAAGCCGCUGCUCACGCCCUACGAGGCUGCUGUGGCUCUGAAGGAAAUCGAGUGGCAGCAGACUUACCCCAUGGAUUUCUACGCCGGCCAGUCCCUGGGGCCCUGGACAGUCAACCAUGCCAGCCAGCAGCCCCAGAGGGGCACCAGCCGGCCAACGCAGAGGAAGCUGCCUGAACCUGUGGUACCAGUGGAUGCUGGUGUGGGGAAGAAAUGCACCGACUGCAGCUGUCAAGACAAGGCCCCAUUGCAGCCAGAGCACCCCUGAACCCCCAAGCAAUGGGGAUAUCGGCAGGUACAGCCCUGCAGUUACCAGCCUGGAAACAAGCAUUCCCAGCUUUGCUCUCAGGAAGGGCUGUGUCUGACUUCAGAGCUGGUGAAAUGGGCCAGAUCAACAGCCCUGUAGAUUGACUGACUGGCACCCAGAGUAGGCAGCGGCAGGGCCACUCUCUCACUGCCCUGGAGAACCAUCUCUCAGUGUCUGGCCAUUCAGCCCAAAGUGUCUCCACGGAGGCUGCCUGAAAGGACCAGCUGUAGCAGUGGUUUCGGUGAUAGGGACUGUUCCCUGGGCACUGGACUGAGAUCUCCCAUUGAGGAACAGCUGGGCCCAGACCAUGAUUAAUUUGCAUUGCAAUGUCCCGUGUGUACUACAGAGAGGUGGAAAUGGCCAUGCAAAGGCCCUUCAACU